ACAAACAGAAGUGGAGCACCAAGGCAUCAAUGGAAAAGAAUACUGUGGUCUUGCAGGGAAACAUUCCGUGUUCAGAUGGGACGUUUGUUGGUACAUGUCCUUUCUCCAGCCCGCCCCUUAGAGGAACGAAGGCAGGCUUUGGAUAUAGUACAUGAACCAAGUCAUCCAGAAAUCCUUCGUGAAUGUCUCAGCCCUUCUUUGGAGCAUGGACCAAAGUUGGCAUUGUACAUUUAUGAGAUGUUGCGUAACCAUCGAGAGCAACUGUCCAAAGAAGAUCAAACAGCAGUGUCUAUUUUCAUGACAUCCCUGAAGCUGUGUGGUCAUAAGUGCAUUCCUCCUAGUGCUCCUACUAAACCAGACCUUGUGAAAGCCAUCCUAGAGGAGCAAAAGAAGUUUGAGUCCGAGGGAAAAAUGAACAAAGCGGCCUGGGAGAAGAAAAUAAAAAACAGUCAGCAAAGUCUCAUUCAAAGGUUAGACAGCAAGUCUAAAGACAUUUCAAAGAUAGCUGCGGACAUCACUCAGAAUGUGUCCUUGAGACAAGGAAUGGAGAGAAAGAAGGUCAUCCAGCACAUCAGAGGAAUGUACAAAAUAGAUCUUAGUGCUAGCCGAUACUGGCAGGAAUUAGUCCAGCAGUUAACUCAUGAUCGAGCAGUUUGGUACAAUCCAUCAUCUUAUCCCACGUCUUGGCAGCUAGAUCCCACCGAGGGACCAAACAGAGAAAGAAGGCGGCUGCAGAGGUGUUACUUAACUAUUCCAAAUAAAUACUUGCUCAAAGAUCGACAGAAGCCUGAAGAACCGUUCAAGCCACCAUUGUCAUACCUCUUUGAAGAUAAAACACAUUCCUAUUUUUCUUCAACCGUAAAGGAUAAAGCUACAAGUGAGCAUAUAAGGUUCACACGGAGGUGUAUAAAUGUAGCUCCCUCAAGAGAGACUCCUGGCGAGCUUCUGCUGGGUAAAUCUGGGAUGUACUUUGUGGAAGACAAUGCUACUGAUACAUAUGACAACCCAAGCCCUAGUGGUGAAACGGAGCCAGCGUCAUUCUCCUGGACCUACGAAGAAAUCAAAGAAGUUCAUAAACGAUGGUGGCAGCUCCGGGACAAUGCAGUAGAGAUAUUCCUAACUAAUGGGAGGACGUUGCUGUUGGCUUUUGAUAACAUCAAGGCACGAGAUGAUGUGUAUCACAACAUUCUAACAUCUAAUUUGCCAAAUCUCCUUGAAUAUGGAAAUAUAACUGCUCUUACACAUUUGUGGUGCUCAGCACAGAUCACCAACUUCGAGUAUUUGACUCAUCUGAACAAGCAUGCAGGGCGCUCUUUCAAUGAUCUCAUGCAGUACCCUGUGUUCCCAUUUAUACUCCGUGACUAUACAAAUGAGACCUUGGAUCUAAGUGAACCCAGUAUUUACAGGAACCUUAGUAAACCUAUUGCUGUGCAGUCAAAAGAAAAAGAAGAUCGUUAUGUGGACAACUACAAGUACUUGGAAGAAGAGUAUCGAAAAGGAAUUCGAGAAGAUGAUCCCAUGCCUCCUGUUCAGCCAUACCACUAUGGCUCCCAUUACUCAAACAGUGGAACAGUCCUGCACUUUCUUGUGCGAAUGCCACCUUUUACAAAGAUGUUCCUGGCAUACCAAGACCAGAGCUUUGAUAUUCCAGAUAGGACUUUUCAUUCAAUGAAUACGACGUGGCGGCUUUCAUCAUACGAAUCUAUGACUGAUGUGAAGGAGCUGAUUCCCGAGUUCUUUUAUCUGCCAGAAUUUUUAGUGAACAGAGAAGGUUUUGAUUUUGGGGUUCGUCAGAAUGGUGAAAGAGUGAAUCAUGUCAAUUUACCACCAUGGGCACGCAAUGAUCCGCGACUCUUUAUCUUGAUACAUAGGCAGGCAUUAGAAUCUGACCAAGUAUCACAGACACUUUGCCAGUGGAUUGAUCUUGUAUUUGGACAUAAGCAAAAGGGCAAAGCAGCUGUGAGCGCUAUUAAUGUGUUUCAUCCUGCUACCUACUUUGGAAUGGAUGUGUCUGCAGUUGAGGAUCCAGUACAGAGGAGGGCCUUGGAGACCAUGAUAAAGACCUAUGGCCAAACUCCACGGCAACUUUUCAAUGCAGCACACUUAAGCCGAGCUGGUUCCCGGCUCACAAUUGACGGAGAGCUUCCUGCUGCCAUGGGGAUACUAGUUCAGUUUGCCUUCCGGGAAACAAAGGACCAUGUCAAAGAAGUUGUGUACCCGAGCCCACUGCCCUGGAUUAAAGGUCUGAAAUGGGGAGAAUACGUGGGUUCACCCAGUGCCCCUGACCCUAUUGUCUGCUUCAGCCAACCUCAUGGAGAGCGAUUUGGGUCAUUACUGGCAUUACCUACCAGAGCUAUUUGUGGGUUAUCAAGAAAAUUCUGCCUGAUGAUGAUUUACAGCAAGGAGCAAGGUGUGCGGAGUAUGCAUAGCACAGACAUCCAGUGGUCUGCUAUUCUUAGCUGGGGUUAUGCAGACAACAUUCUGAGACUCAAAAGCAAACAAAGUGAGCCUCCUGUCAACUUCAUCCAAUGUUCCCAGUUAUUUCAGGUGACCAGCUGUGCCUGGGUGCCUGAUAGUUGCCAGCUGUUUACAGGCAGUGAAUGUGGUGUAAUCACUGCUUACAACAGCAGAUUUACAAGCAGCACGCCCUCUGAAGUGGAAGUGGAGUCACAGGUGUACUUGUAUGGGCAUUCAGGAGAAGUCACCAGCCUCUUUGUAUGUAAACCUUACAGCAUUUUAAUCAGCGUCAGCAAGGAUGGCUCUUGCAUAAUAUGGGACUUAAAUAGACUGUGUUAUGUUCAGAGUCUUACUGGGCAUAAAAGCCCUGUCUCAGCAGUUUCAGCAAGUGAAACCACGGGAGACAUUGCAACUGUUUGUGAUUCAGUUGGUGGUGGUAGUGACCUGAGGCUCUGGACUGUAAAUGGGGACCUCAUAGGACAUGUUCAUUGUAGGGAAAUCAUUUGUUCUGUUGCAUUCUCCAACCAGCCUGAGGGAGUUUCUGUCAAUGUGAUUGCCGGGGGACUGGAAAAUGGAGUUGUUAGACUAUGGAGCACUUGGGAUCUGAAACCUGUUAGAGAAAUAACCUUUCCAAAGUCAAACAGACCAAUUGUCAGCCUCACAUACUCCUGUGAUGGUCACCAUUUGUAUACGGCAAAUAGUGAGGGAACUGUCAUCGCAUGGUGCCGUCGAGACCAGCAGAAGAUGAAGCUACCCAUGUUCUACUCAUUCCUCAGCAGUUAUGCUGCUGGAUGAAUGUCAAGGAAAACAUAGUUGUCCAAAACAAAUAAAGCAUGAAGCCACAUACAUCUUCAUACAGCAAAGAAUCAUUCAUGCCUUGUGUUGAAAAGCACAAAUGAAGAUUGUAAGAGCAUUUGACAGCUUCUGUAAAAGUAACCAACAAAAAAAUUCCGAGAACAUCAGUAAAUUGUCAUUCCAAAGGUGAAAUAAUUAACAUGCAUAUUAGUAUAAACUGCUUUUAUUGCUUCAGCACAAAGCCAUGCACAGAGCACUGAUACUAUAUAAACCUUCUUCAAAGUCUAGCAUGCAAAACAUACAUCACUUGCUUGGCAUGUUUACAGAGAGCUGAGCUGAAAGCAUGGCCUCCAACAAAAAUAAUGUUAUUUUAUUUUAUUUUAUUUUUUUUUUUUUACUUUUUGUUGUUGUCUAAUGGUGAGCCCAAUCCUAUGUAUUCAGUUGUCCUUCCCAUUCCUAUAGUUUUGUUUUUCUUUACUUGCAACAAAUGUUUUAUCUGAGAAGUCGGUUAGUUAUGAUUAUAGUCUGUUUUACUGACACAGCUGGAUCUCUGACACAAAUCAGUUGAAGACUUUAAGGUUUGUUGGGGAGAAGCAAACAAUAAUAGAUUCUUUGCUUGAGGCAUUUGUCUACAGUGUGUUUAUCACAGCCAUUUUAUAGUAAGUAGAUAUGAACUAUGAGACUAUUACUAUUAACCAUCUUUGAUAACUCACCUCUUAUCUUUCAGUCCUUAUCGAUUUUUUUUCAGAACCACCUUAAUUUCCAAGCCAUUUAAAAAUUUUCACAGUACUGAAAACCGGCGCAAGCUGUGGUUUAGUGAUAAUGUAACACUAUCAUUGUGCUGAACUUGAACCACAACCAAGCCCUACUUGUGUCUCUGGUUACACAUAUUGUGUUAAACUCCUCAGGGCUUUACCAUUUGUGGAUCACUCAGUGUGCAAAGACCUCAGCCUUACUCCAUGCCUGUAUUUCUGCCUUUUACUUGAAUAUUCUGACUUUCUCACAAAAGGUACUGAACAGUUAGCAUUGUUGCUGAAGUUGUGGAUUAUAGCCUGUCAUCAUGAAAAUCAGUCACUGGUGUAAGAAAGUCAGACUUCUUUGCUUGAAUUCUCUCAGGACUUUGAGGUAUUUAUAAAUUCCUCACUAUAGCUGGUAGGAAAGCGUUUGUUUUUUUUUUUCUUCCUCUCUAUUUGGAUGUGCUACUUUAUAACAACAACAAAAAAUAAACUAAAUACAUUGGAAAAGAUGCACCUGUGAUGUAAAAAUCAGAGAAAGAGGUUCAGGUUAAGAGAAGCUGACUAAUUCAUGGUGGGAUGCUAGAAUUGUAUUGCAUUAUAGACGUUGAUGUUAUUGCUUCACUUAGCCAGAGAUGUUCUUAUUAAAUCAGGUAAGUGAAGCAUUAUUUUGCAUUUCCUAAUUUGGUAAGAAAGUUACCUGUGAUAGUCCUACAUAUUUUAAGAGUGAUAGGUCAAAUUAACAUGAAAAUACAGUUGAUCAGAUGCACAUUUUAAUAAUAUGAAAAUAAGAGAAAACAUGUUAGUUUAGGAGAGAGAGCACAUAUAUUUUCUUGUUAAUUAUUUUUACACAAACAUUCUAAAGAUGACAUUUCUGUCAACACUAAAUUAUUUUAAAUUAUUAUAUUCUUACUUUUGUCAUAAAUUGGCUGAAAUGUACUCAUCUUGCCAACUGGUGUUAGAUUAAUACCCACCGAGUUGUAAUAUGUGAUUUAAGUGGUGCAACUUUUUUUUUUUUUUUUUUUUUUAAGUACACAUUAAAAAUAUAUACAUAUAAUGUAUAAAUGGUUAAUAGGUCCUUAUACUGCUUGUUGGUUUGUUUGAUUUACUGUCUAUUUCACAAAUUAAAGUGUAUUAUUCUGCUCUUAGCAGGGUUAUUCAAAGCCAGCCCUUCUUUUAAACAGCAAUACAAAAGGAUCACAGGCAAGUCAUGUUAUUAUAAAUUAUGCAAAAUAGGAGAGCCAUUACACAGAUGAUAAUUUUUGUAUUUUAAUGCAGAAGACAUCAAAAAAUAAUUUUUAUAUGUAAGCAAAUGGGUAAAACAAAAUAAUGUGUUGCUUUCAUCUUAUGUAGUUCCAGUGCAGUGUUAAAUGUACUAUCCAAAAAAAAUGUUGCAUUUGUGAUAACAGCUUUCUCUUAAAGUUUACAAUCGAUCUUUAACUGCCACCUGUAAUGUGGUUUUAGUACAUGUUUUUUUGUAUGUGCACAAACUUAUAUAUUUUCCUUAUUCAAUGUUAAUUGCAUAACGCAUACUUUUUCUGCUUGUUGUCAAUUUAUCACAUCCAUUUUUCAUUUUACUUGGAAUUACAGGCUGAUUGACAAUGCAGUAUUAUUAUGGAACUGUUUCUGGAAAUCUGUUUGCAUGCUGGAUUACAUGUGGAGAACAUUUUUCAUAAGUUUAACAUCUGUAAAUGUUUGUUGAUUUGCAUUACUGUAUGGGUUUAAAAAUGCUAUAAAUUAUGUUUCUUCAGAUUUAUUCAGGAAGUGUUUAUUUGCCAAAGUGUUGCUUGGGGAACAAAAAGGGGGAGGAUGUUGCUAUUUUUUGUACUUAAGAAUGUACAAAAUAAAGUUAACAAAAUACAUGUGUAUAAAAGCAGAGAUCUUUGACACUGUUGUUAAUCUUGAAUGCUUGCUACUAAAUGGGACAAAAGAACCGUUUACAAUAUA